AUUUAAUAAUAGUACGUCAUAUUAUUUACUAUAAUAUUAAGCUUUUUUUAAUUGUUUUAAUCCCAUGAUUUAAUUAUUGUUAUUACUGGUGUUUCGUUUUUUAUUUAUUAUUUCCCGUUUAUAUAUUGUUUACCAUUGGUUUUAGGUGUUUAGUUGUUAAUUAUUAAUUUUGAUAAAAAAUAUACUGCUCUCAAUUAUUUUACACUUAUCAGAGAGAUCGCCAUAACCGUGAAUCCAAAAAAAUGAAUGUCAAAAUAGCGAACCUAAAAUAGCUAAAAGACAGAUAUAAGAAUGUCAAAUAUAAAUUCAAAUUCUCAUACUAGCAAGUUAAGAAGUAAUGAAAGUUCAAAAUAUCGUUUCCAAGAUAGACCAAACUGUGAUUCUGUAGCAUCUGGUUGUUUACAGAAUUCAAAUCCAAAAACAAUUUCUGAACUACGUCAAAAUAAAUGUGGAGGUAGAGGAAUGGCCAUUCAACAACUAUCUGAAUCUAUGUCUUUAACAAACAGAAAAAACAACUCACGUUUGGACUUCUCAAAUUCAAAUAUAGAACGUCAUUUUAAAAAUCUUAAAGAAGAAAAUUUAAAAAAACUUAAGGAAGAAAAUGAAAAGAUUUGGGGAAACAUGAUACAUUCAAAUAAGAGUUCAUAACAUUAAAUCGGUAUGUUCUUUGUAUUUAAAAACAUAGAUCAAAGUUGAACAUUUGCAGUGGCCUAUCACAGGACAAUAAGUAUAGUAUUUGUAUAAUGUAUAUAUUAUUAUGCACAGAAGAUAUGUAUUUAUCACUAAUUUAUUGCAAAUAUGUGAUUUAUAGAAUUUGUAUAAGUAAUUAAAAUAUUAUUUUCAUAAAAAUGUACUUAUUAUGAACAAGAUUUUAUAUUUUUAUAUAUUUUUUUAUUAUUUGGAAAUGUAACCAUUACAUUAAUUGAAAUCGUUGAAAAGUUGAAUUUGUAAACUUGACAUUUAAGAAAAUGUUGUAGUCACAUGUGUUGUCUCCAUCUUAUACAUGUACGUCAUAGUAAAUUAUUAUUUAUUACAUUAUAAUACAAUAUAUUCGUUUUUGUUCAAAUAGAAUUCAGAAGUUUGGAGCAAACUUAACUCGGGAAUAAUUAAAAAUUGUUUGUAAUUCACAUUAAUUAUAUCAGUUAUUACACUUACAAUUUUUAAUUUUACAGAAAUUAAAAAUACAAUAACUAUAAUAAAUAAAAACAAGUUGUUAUUAUGUA